AUGGCAGACGCUUAUCGGGUCUUGAACGUUCCGUCCACCGCGUCUUCCGCCGAAAUAAGGGCCGCUUAUCUCGAGCUGGCAUGUCAGCACCAUCCCUGCAAGCUCUCCGACCGCCCCGAAGCCAGCACCGUCGGCUCCGGCGCGCCCCACACCCAGUUCCGCGCGGCCGCUGAAGCCUAUGCGCUGAUCGGAGACGACGCACGGCGCCAGCUGUACGAUCUGGUCCGCUCAUCGGAGUACCGACGGAGCGCGGCCCUCCCGCCGCCGCUGCCGACGACCCCGGGCCGCUCCCGGGCGCGCUCCGAGCUGACGAUCGACCUGCGCGCCGGGCUGCCGGCCGAGCUGCGCGCCUUGCUGGUCGACGUGAACCCCGUCAAGCUGUUCAACCGGGUCGUCUGCCAGAUCGACCAGGAGCGACGGGCCCAGCAGACGCACGUCCCUCCGGCCGCGGCCACCAAGCCUGCUGCCGGCCCUCAGCCCAGACCCCGCCGCUCUCCGGCCUCCCGCUUCCCAGACGAAAGCCCGUUCGCACGUCCCGGCCACAACCGCAAGGCUUCCGUCAGCGGGCCGGCCCGAGAAGACGGCACGACGGCUAGCACGGGUUCUGCCAGUACCAGCAAACCGCCGGCCUGGAAUGGCGCCUUGAAGACCGGCAUCCUGCGCGACGAGAGCAAGAGUCAAUUCCGGGGGAGUCCGGGCAGCAUCGGGGAGCUCCUAAGCCGGGACCACGCGCCGGCGGCAUACCACCCCUCCUCCUCCUCGGAGCACUACAGCAGCAGGGAGCCGGGCGGGCUGCGCAGCCGGGGCCAUUCCACAAGCUCCUCCUCCUACCUCUCCGCCAGCCACAGCACGGGGCCAAGCUCCCAACGGAACACCCGCAGCCGCCGCGUCUCCUUCUCCAACGACGUCAUCGAGUCCGAGCAGCUCAAGCAGGCCCGCGAAGCCGUCAAGUCCUUCAAGUCCGACGCCGCCCGGGCCGGGCCCUGCAAGCCGCUCCCCGCCCCUCCCUCCUCCUCCUCCGCCUCCUCCUCCUCCUCCUCAUCCUCCUCAGCCGCAGCAGCCCGCGGCCUAGUGGUCUCCUCCAAGCUCGGCGCGAGGAAGCCGGACGAGUUCUUCCUGGACAAGUCCCUCUACAGCGACCCCUGCUCGCCCAUGGCCUCGAUGAUCCCGCAGGACAUCCUGAUCAAGCCGCUCGCCAUCGGCGCCCCGCGCGACCCCCGUCCCCCGCCGUCCUAUGCCGCCGGCCUGCCCUGCUCGCCCCACGCCGUCGUCGGCAGGAACAUCCUCCGCGGCCCACACCCCCUCGACCGCGAGAUCCCCCGCGCCGAGCUCUUCUCCGCUAGCUCCGCCCCCACCGGCUUCUUGGCCAGGUACCGCGCCGAACUUCUUCCGCUCCCUCCCUCCCUCCACCCCCACCAUCCCCACCUCCUCCACUCCUCACACCUCAGCACAAACCAUGCGGACCUCGCCUUUGCUUGGGCCGAUCCUUCCUCCCAUAAGUUCCACCCCCGCUCCAUCAACAACAGCUCCCGCGAUCCCAAUUGA